AUGGUGUGGAAAUUUUACUACUAUACCCCAUCCAGUCCAGCUGCUGGUAUCUUCGUUGGACUGCUUGGCCUAAGCACUGUGUUGCAUCUUUAUCAACUUCUUCGCACGCGGACAUGGUUUAUGAUUCCGUUUUUGGUUGGGGGAGCUCUCGAAACGGUUGGUUACGUUGGCCGUCUAUUAUCAUCGACCGAGACACCCGACUACACGAAAGGCCCGUAUAUCAUGCAGAGCGCGUUGAUAUUGAUUGCCCCCGCUUUCCUUGCAGCUAGUAUUUAUAUGACGCUCGGACGAAUCAUUUUCAUGGUUGACGGGGAGAAAUGCUCCCUGAUCAGACUAAAAUGGUUGACCAAAAUAUUUGUGUCGGGCGAUGUGCUGUCUUUCCUGAUGCAGGCUUCUGGAGCUGGAAUCAUGGUCAAGGAUACGACGAAUCCAUCAACUGGCGAAAACAUCAUCAUCGGUGGUCUAUUUGUGCAAAUACUGUUCUUCGGGUUCUUCAUAAUCAGCGCGAUGGUGUUCCAGUCUCGUAUAUCGAGCAGUCCCUCAGGAAGAUCUAUCGAAUUGUCGAGCGUUUGGCGCCGACAUUUGACUGCGUUGUAUAUCAGCGGUGCCUUGAUCCUUGUGCGAUCGAUAUUCCGCGCUGUGGAGUAUAUCCAAGGAUAUGAUGGCUACCUGAUGAAACAGGAAGUGUUUAUCUAUGUUUUUGACGGCUUGUUGAUGCUAAUAGCGAUGGUUAUCUUGCAAUACAUCCACCCCAGUGAGAUUAACUGCUUAAUUGGGCGUGGAGAUCGGCACACUGAGAAGAUAUUCAAGACGCGCAAGUUCGCACCUGCGUCGGCGCUGGAAAUGGGCGGGGCAAUGGAUGCGUGA